UGCUCCCCCAGUCUCACCUGUUUUCCCCCCAUAUCCUGCAGCCCCCCCAGAUCCAUGGAUUCCCUGGGAUUCCCUGGGAUUCCCUGCCCCCCCAGUCUCACCUGUUUUCCCCCCCCGUAUCCUGCAGCCCCCCCGGAUCCAUGGAUUCCCUGGGAUCCCCUGGGAUUCCCAUCCCCCCAAUCUCACCUGUUUUCCCCCCGUAUCCCGCAGCCCCCCCGGAUCCAUGGAUUCCCUGGGAUCCCCUGGGAUUCUCUGGAAUUCCCUGCCCCCUCAAUCUCACCUGUGUCCCCCCCUCAAUCCCGCAGCCACCCCGGAUCCAUGGAUUCCCUGGGAUUCCCUGGAAUUCCCUGUCUCACCUGUUUUCCCCCCGUAUCCCGCAGCCCCCCCCGGAUCCAUGGAUUCCCUGGGAUUCCCAUCCCCCCAAUCUCACCUGUUUUCCCCCCUCAAUCCCGCAGCCCCCCCGGAUCCAUGGAUUCCCUGGGAUUCCCUGGGAUUCCCAUCCCCCCAGUUUCACCUGUGUCCCCCCCUCAAUCCCGCAGCCCCCCCAGAUCCAUGGAUUCCCUGGGAUUCCCUGGGAUUCUCUGCCCCCCCAGUCUCACCUGUGUCAAUCCCGCAGCCCCCCCGGAUCCAUGGAUUCCCUGGGAUUCCCUGGGAUUCCCUGUCUCACCUGUUUUCCCCCCGUAUCCCACAGCCCCCCCAAAUCCAGGAAUUCCCUGGGAUUCCCUGGGUUUCCCUGUCUCACCUGUUUUCCCCCUCAAUCCCGCAGCCCCCCCGGAUCCAUGGAUUCCCUGGGAUUCCCUGGGAUUCCCUGUCUCACCUGUUUUCCCCCCUCAAUCCCGCAGCCCCCCCGGAUCCAUGGAUUCCCUGCUCUUCCUCUCUGCCCGCCGGAUCGUGGCCCUGCACCCGCUGCCCGUGGUGCCCCCCCACCUGUAUCCCGCCCUUUUCCAAGCGGCGUUCCUGGAUGGGCGGCUCCAGGUGCUGCAGGACCUGGUGGCCGAGUGGCCCUUCCCGGUGCUCAACUUCCAGCGGAUCGUGGGGGUGGGGAGCCGGGAGCUGCUCCGGGAUCACUCCUCCAAGCUCUGCAUCCAGUCCGUCAUCGGCGCCGUCGUCGAGCAGAUCCGCCUGGACCUGGAGGAGCCGGGGCGCCAUUCCAGCCGGUGCCGCCUGCGCGUGCUGGACGUGACGGGCCUGCCGGACGACGCCACGACGGGCCGGGGCCCGGACGGGAUGAGCGUCUGGUCGGGCACCGUGGCCCUGGCCAAGGCCUGCGUGGAGGUCUCCAAGCACCACCGGGAGUCCCGGGAGUUCCAGCGGCGCGGCGCCAAGCGCCACAAGGGCCGCUCCGGCGCCGCCUCCGCCGCCGCCCCCGCCCCGCGCUCGGCCGGCGUCGACGUCCACGCCGACUUCUUCGUCAACCGCACGUCCUACGGGAUCCUGCGGGACGCGCUGCAGACCGGGAACGCCGGCCCCCUGCGCCUGCGCUGCCGCGAGUUCCAGGCCGAGAAGCUGUCGGUGGACGGCAUCGUCAGCCUGCUCAAGUCCCUGGACCCCGCCGGCGUGCGCAGGGUGGACCUGCGCUUCCGCAACCUGGGCCUCACCGGGCUCUCCGUGGUGCUGCUCCACCUCUCCCAGUUCCCCGACCUGCGCAGCCUCAAGCUCCAGUACAGCAACGUGGACGUGCGCCGGUCGACGCCGGAGCUGGUGCUGGGCAUCCGCUGCCUGGCCAGGGAGCUGGGCAAGCUGCCCAGCCUCAAGGAGCUCAACCUGGGCUCCUCCCGGCUCUCCGGGAACCUCCGACAGGUCCUCUGCGAGCUCCAGGCUCCGUUGGAAAGCUCCCACGAUCCCAGAAUUCCCUGAUUUCCCAAUUCCGUUAUCUCAUUGUUCCAGGAGCCUGGGACUCAGUGAUCCCCUAAUCCCAUCAUUCCAGGAAUCCACGAUCCCAUAAUUCCAUGAUCCCCUAAUCCCAUCAUCCCACAAAUCCACGAUCCCAUAAAUCCAUGACCCCCUAAUCCCAUCAUUCCACGAAUCCACGAUCCCAUAAUUCCAUGACCCCCUAAUCCCAUCAUCCCACCAAUCCACGAUCCCACAUCUCCCCAGCUCCACAAUGCCAUGAGCUCAUGAUCCCAUAAUUCCACAGUUCCAUGACCCCACCAUUCCAUGACCCCAUAACUCCAUGGCCCCAUAACUCCCAAGACCCCAUAAUUCCAUGACCCUAUAACUCCCAAGAUCCCAUAACUCCAAGAUCCCAGAAUUCCAUGACCCCAUAACUCCAUCACCCCAUAAUUCCAUGAUCCCAUAACUCCAAGAUCCCAGAAUUCCAUGACCCCAUAACUCCAUGAUCCUAUAAUUUCAUGAUCCCAUAACUCCCAAGAUCCCAUAACUCCAAGAUCCCAGAAUUCCAUGACCCCAUAACUCCAUCACCCCAUAAUUCCAUGACCCCAUAAUUCCAUGAUCCCAUAACUCCAAGAUCCCAGAAUUCCAUGAUCCCAUAACUCCAAGAUCCCAGAAUUCCAUGACCCCAUAACUCCAUGAUCCUAUAAUUUCAUGAUCCCAUAACUCCCAAGAUCCCAUAACUCCAAGAUCCCAGAAUUCCAUGACCCCAUAAUCCCACAAUUCCCCAAACUUGCCCUCGGGUCUCUUUUCCCGCCGUUCCUCCAGGAAUUCGGGAACCAUCCCAAGGUCCCACGGGGUGGAUCCCACAGCGGGGUCACGUCUCCUUUCCCCUCUC